AUGUGGUAUUACAUCAAUAAGGGCAUAUUGUCGAGUUCAAUCAUUUCUUGUGCAUCGGAGUUCUUCCCUGUUCUGUUGGUUGCACACUGGCUAGCUUGUGGAGGAGCCGAAGAAAAAGCAGAAGACAUCGAGCGACGCCGGCAGAUGCGUCAAGGGGUUCGAGCCACUAAGAAGUCUUUGCUAUGGUUUUUCUGGAUUGCUGUGCCAGUCUCCUCUAUCGCUUGUACAGUGAGAUGGCUGGUGUACUUUUAUUGGACAAUAGAUUUUGAUCACCUAAUGGAAAUUCACUGGCUUACGAACGAUUACGUCUCACUUGUUGCCGACAUCCUUCAACUCAUCCUUUUCACUGUUCUGUACAUGUUCGCUAGAAGUCUGAGUAACGACAGGCUUAUGCCACACACAAAGCUCAUGCUAGAGGAUGAUAUUUCUAUUCUUGUUUUUGUUGCUGCGCGUCAUUCAUUGUCAAGUUUAUCUUGCAAUCAGUUGGAAGUGGAAUUUCAGCGGAAGGAUGGGUUCACUACUACGAAUGAUGCAGUUAUUGCAACCAUUUGCUAUGCUACAAUUCAGGCUUCUCAGUGGCUACAAUACUUGUCUAUGCGACGACUUCUGGCCUUGUCGGAUCGCGAUUGCCGAGCUACAAAGCGAUUUCUCCCAUUGGCUGCCGCAGGAGGGUUGCUAAUGGCUUGGAUUCACUUCGGUAUCACGUUCUUCGACACCUCUGCUGAAUUCAAAUACCUGAACAUGGGCUUCUUCCAACUCGGUACACCUCGAGUGAGCAUCAGUCAUUCCCAUCACCACGAUGAUGAAACACCCGAGGUAACGAAGCGCUUUCAAAACGGCCCCAAUAUUGCUACGAUGAUGCAUGCGGCCAACGUCAUGUACAGAAAACGAAUGGAAAGCGACUGCGAGGUUCGCAUUUCAUAA